AUGGAUCAAGACUCUUUUGGGGCGCCGCAACCGUCGCGUCUAGAUGCCUUCUGCGGCGAGACGUUUUGGGAUGAACAGCAACUCAACGCUGCCUCGGUACCCACCUUUUCACGAUGCUUCAUGCACACUGUGCUGACAUGGGCGCCAUGCGCGUUCGUUUUCCUCGCCGCGCCAAUCGUCGCCGCCCAAGCCUAUUACAAGCGAGGGCCCGCGCUACCCUGGUCUCCACUGUUGUGCUUGAAAAUGGUAUUCACCAUCCUUUGUUUCAUCGACACGUUUCUGCUUACGCUGCUUUCCCACUAUCAAGUAUUCAUUGGAGCCGGUCCCUGGGUUGAUGUUCUCCAUUCCGCAUUGCUGCUUAUAUCGAUGUCUAUCAUGCCUCUGUUGAUCUGGGCCUGCCAAGGGUACGGCAAAGUCACUUCCGGCGGCAUCUUCAUCUCCUGGCUGCUCUUUGCCGUCUGCGGUCUCCCCGAACUGUGCUAUUGGAUCAGCUAUGAGGAAAAGAAAAACCCUUACGAGUUUGCGCACUUCUACCUCUACUUCAUUUGGUACGCCAUUGUCGCCAUGCAGACGGUGCUCUUUGCGUUCGCCGAUCGACCGGCACCUUAUGAGAAGCUACACGAUGACGAAGAGGGGGCCACGGAACACGUGCUCGAAGAGAAUCCAUCGCCCGAACGCUACUCUUCCUACCUCAACCGGCAGUUCAUGUGGUGGUUCAAUGGGAUCAGCUCGCGUGGCUUCUCCAAACCGCUCGAACUGCACGACCUAUACAGCCUCAACCCGAAUGAUCAAUCGGCGCCUCUCGUGGCCCGCUGGAAUACACAAUGGGACCAAGCCAUGGCCGACUACAAAUAUGAUCAUUGCCCGAAGAACCCGGAUUCCACUUACACGCAAGCCCCGCCCUCGAUCAUCUACCAAAUCGUCAAGCUGUUUCGAGUCGACAUCACUGUGGCCAUGUUGAUCAAGUGUGUAUCCGACCUGCUGACUUUCGUCUGCCCCGUCGUGCUGGCGUCGCUGAUCAAGUUCACCGAGGACCCUUCGAAGCCAAUGUGGCUUGGCGUUUUCUACGCACUGGUCAUGUUUACUUCUUCGGAACUAUCCUCGCUGCUGCUCAAUCAGUACUACUACAUAAUGUACCGCGUAGGGACACGUGUGCAGUCUGUGUUAACGUCGGCUGUUUAUAAAAAGACCUUGCGUCUCUCGAAUUCGGCUCGCCGCAACAAGACCGUGGGCGAGAUUGUCAACCUGAUGGCCAUCGACGUGGACCGUUUCCAAAAAAUCACGCCGCAAACCUUUCAAUACUGGAGCACCCCUAUGCAGAUCGGCCUCUCGCUGUACCUUCUCUGGGGCCAGAUCGGCGUCUCGGUGCUGGCCGGUGUUGCGGUGAUGGUACUUCUGAUUCCUGUCAACUUCUUGAUCACCAUCGUGAUGCGUCGUUGGCAUGUGCAGCAGAUGCGAUACAAGGACGAGCGCACGAAGAUGGUCAACGAGGUUCUCAACGGCAUAAAGAUCAUCAAGCUAUAUGGAUGGGAGCCCCCGAUGGAGAACGUUAUCGAGAAGCUGCGCCAAAAGGAGCUGGCGUUGAUCCGAAAGGCGGCUUUCCUGCAAACCUUCUCUGACAUGCUCAACCUGGCUGCCCCAUUCUUGGUGGCUCUCUCGACGUUUGCCACGUUCAUCUUCAUCGACCCUAAAAACGUGCUGACGCCAUCUAUCGCCUUCGUUUCGCUGGCUCUCUUCAAUCAGCUGCGCUCUCCAAUGAGUACUGUGUCCGAUUUGUUCGCGGUUACGGUGCAGGUGAUGGUUUCGAACCGUCGGUUGAAGGAAUUCCUUGUCGCGGACGAGCUGAAUGAAUACGUCGAUCGUCGGAUGAGGGACAAUGAUCAUGUGAUCCUCGUCAACGAAGCCGAUUUGGCAUGGGAGAAGCCGGAGCCCACGAUUUCCCUCAAGGACGUGAAUCUACUAGCCCGCCGCGGACAGCUCAUCUGUGUCGUUGGUCGAGUCGGGUCCGGAAAGACCAGUCUUUGCCAGGCGCUACUAGGGGAAAUGGAGCGCAUCACGGGCUACGUGAGCUUAUCCGGCCGGGUCGCCUACGUUCCACAACAGCCGUGGAUGCAGAACAACACACUCCGCGGCAAUAUCAUGUUUGGAAAGAAGAUGGACGAGUACUUCUACAAUCGAGUCCUUGACGCUUGCGCGCUGUUCCCGGAUCUUCAGAUGUUGCCCCUUGGCGACCAGACCGAAAUCGGAGAGAAGGGUAUCAACUUGUCCGGCGGACAGAAGGCUCGAAUCAGUCUUGCGCGUGCCGUCUACCAAAACCACGACGUCUACCUCCUCGACGACCCAAUGUCUGCCGUCGACGCCCACGUCGGCCAGCAGUUGUUCCAAUCAGUGAUCGGUCCUGAUGGAAUGCUGCGCAAUAAGACCCGCGUGCUCGUCACCAACGAGUUGGGCGUUCUACCCUAUGCCAAUCUCAUCGUCCUCAUGCAAGACGGCAAGAUCAUCGCUGAUGGAACAUACGCCGAGUUGUCAGCCAGCGGAGCACUGCAGCAAAUUAUGGAACAAUGCCAGGCUGAAGAGGAGCUACGCCGAGAGAACAGGGAACGCCAAGAGGCUGCUGAGCAUGAAGCUGGAAUUUACAUCGAUGACACGGAUGAGGAAGACAUCUUUGAGCACGAAGAGCUGAGCACUAGUCAGCCGAUCGAGCGGCAUUUCGGCGCCUCCCUCAUCUCCACGGUUUCGACAAUGAUCAACACUCGCGUCACAACCAAGCGUGUUCGUUUCGUCAGCGGCUCGAGAUACGUUUCGUUCCGCGGUGACAACAGCCGCCAACUGACCCAGGCUGAACGCGUCGAAGUCGGCCACGUGAAAGUGGACAUCUACACCGAGUACUUCAAGUCGAUGGGCCUCGUUCUCUUCGGACUCUUCGUGAUCGGAAUGGCUCUGAGCACCGUGGUGUCGAUGGGCCGCAACUUGUGGCUGACCGACUGGUCAAACGAUAACUCUGCCACAUCGCUGAAAAACGCCGAGGAGGUCGAACCCGUUAGUGUCCGCUUGGGCGUCUACGCAAUGCUGGGCUUCACUGAAAUUGCAUUGCUCUUCUUCGGUAUGCUGGCCUUCCUGUUCGGGCGCAUCGCUGCUUCUCAAAAUCUGCAUUCUCCGCUCGUGCGCUCCAUCUUCCAUGCACCGAUGUCGUUCUUCGAUACCACUCCAUCUGGGCGGAUUUUGAAUCGUGUUGGCAAGGACAUCGAGACCAUCGACAUCCAGCUUCCAUCCGAUGUCCAGUUCUUCGUCGAAUGUAUUCUACAGGUUCUGUCGACACUCGUCAUGAUCAUCUACAGCACGCCAAUUUUUGCCGUCAGCAUCAUCCCGCUCGCCUUGAUGUACUUUUUCAUUUUGCGCUACUACCUGGCAACGUCAAGGCAACUAAAGCGUCUAGAAUCCAUCACCCGCUCCCCGAUCUACAGCCACCUGUCGGAAACUAUCCAGGGCGCUGCUACAAUUCGUGCCUAUCGACUCUGUGACCGUUUCAUCAAGUCGACUGAACAGAAGGUGGACACGCAUGUGCAGUGCCGUUAUUUGAACUACAUCGCGAAUCGAUGGCUGUCUGUGCGUCUGGAGCUGAUCGGCAACUUGGUCGUCCUCUUUGCUGCGCUGUUCGCCGCCCUGGCUCGUGGAAGCGUCUCCAGCGGUCUGAUCGGACUCUCUGUCUCCUAUUCCUUGAACAUCACUUUCGUGCUCAAUUUUGCCGUGCGUUCGAUCAGCAAGCUUGAGACAAACAUCGUGUCAGUGGAGCGUGUGAAGGAAUACUCGCAAACGCCCUCGGAAGCCGACUGGGAACGCAAACCUCCAAGCGACAAGAAGGAUGGCACUGCUGGCGACGCGCUCACUUCGCUCGAAAAUUGGCCAUCGGAAGGAAAAAUUGAGCUGCGCGACUACAGCACCAGAUAUCGCCCCGGGCUAGACCUUGUCAUCCGCCAGCUCAGCGCUGAGAUCGGUCCGCAUGAAAAGAUUGGAAUCGUUGGCAGAACUGGCGCCGGGAAGUCGUCGAUCACGUUGGCGCUGUUUCGAAUGAUCGAACCGGCUGAAGGCAGCAUCAUCAUCGAUGGAAUCGACAUCAGCACGCUUGGACUGCACGAUCUUCGCCGCAAUUUGACAAUUAUCCCCCAGGAUCCGGUCCUUUUCUCUGGAACUUUACGGUUCAACCUGGAUCCAUUCGGCAAAGCCAAGGACGAAGACAUCUGGCGCGCUCUCGAGAUGGCCAACCUCAAGCCAUUCGCACUUGCACAACCUGAUCGACUGGAACACGUGAUCACGGAGGGCGGUGAAAAUAUUAGUGUUGGUCAACGUCAGCUCGUUUGCCUCGCCCGAGCUCUGCUGCGCAAAACGAAGGUCCUGGUGUUGGAUGAAGCGACGGCGGCGAUCGACCAGGGCACUGACGCCCUCAUCCAAAGGGCUAUCCGCGAAGAGUUUGCCCAAAGCACCGUACUCACCAUUGCCCAUCGCCUGAACACGAUCAUGGAUUAUGACAAAAUCAUCGUGCUGGCCGACGGACGGAUCACCGAAUUCGACUCGCCGCAGAACUUGUUGGCCGACCGGCGGUCCGAAUUCUACUCGAUGGCCCGCAAGGCCGGAUUGAUA